UCUCUCUCUCUCUCUCUCUCUCUCUCUCUCUCUCAGUUAUUGUUCUUAUCUCCUUGUCCUCUUAAAAAUUCCUAGGAAGCACUGGUACUCUUCCCAUCCCUACUCUCUUCUGUUUUCUCUAUCCUCGGGGGUGAUGGAUCUAUUGAACUCCAUCCUAGACUUUGUGGUGCCACCGACCAGCAUGGUGAUGAUGGCUUUUGCUUGGCCAACGCUGUCCUUCCUCCAUGCGGUAGAGUGGCUAUUUCGCAGCUUGUACAAAGAGAACAUGGAGAACAAAGUUGUUGUGAUCACCGGGGCUUCCUCGGCGAUCGGAGAGCAAUUAGCUUAUGAAUAUGCAAGGAAGAAGGCAAAUCUGGUGUUGGUUGCGAGGAGGGAACAGAGACUGAGAGGAAUAAGGGAGAAUGCCAGGCUCUUGGGUGCAAAGCAAGUCCUUGUUAUACCUGCUGAUGUUGUCAAGGAAGAGGACUGCAGAAGAUUCAUCAGUGACACUAUCAGUUAUUUUGGCCAAUUGAAUCAUCUUGUGAACUCUGCAAGCUUGGGUCAUACCUUCUUUUUUGAAGAGGCAAUAGAUACUUCAGUGUUUCCACAUAUGAUGGAUGUCAAUUUUUGGGGAAAUGUGUAUCCCACGUAUGUCGCCCUCCCAUAUCUGAGGCAAAGCCGUGGUCGAAUCCUUGUGAAUGCAUCAGUGGAAAGCUGGUUACCUAUGCCAGGGAUGAGCCUGUAUGCUGCCGCUAAGGCAGCUGUGAUAAAUUUCUACGAGACGCUUAGGUUUGAAGUGAAGGAUGCCGUCGGGAUCACGAUCGCAACUCAUGGCUCGGUUGGUGGUGAGACAAGGUGGGGAAAGUUAAUGCUUGAGGAGGGAGCAGAGAUGCAGUGGAAGGAGGAAAGAGAGGUGCCUCUCAUGGGAGGACAAAUUGAGGAGUUUGCAAAGAAGAUGGUCUCUGGGGCUUGCAGGGGUGAAGCAUAUGUUAAGCAUCCCUGCUGGUAUGACAUAUUUCUGCUCUACCGAGUGCUUGUUCCUGAUGUUCUAGGUUGGACCUUUCGCUUGCUCUUCUCCACCAGGGGAACCAGAGUGCUCUCCCUCAUGGGUACCGGGCCACCACUUCUCGAUGCCCCGCCUCCUCGAAAGCUCCUCCCAGUGCCUGAACCAAUGACCGAAUAAAGCUUUGUAAGCUAUUCGAGAUGUGAAAUUCUCUUGAGUUUCUCUGAUGACUUUGUUCUUGAUCAGGACUAAAGAAACUGAAUUCUGUGGUAGCUAGUGCUUGAAUAAAACAUGGACUAGGUCAUCUCUCAGAGAGUUGGUAAUAUUAUUCUGUCAGAAUUCUAUGGAGCCCAUGAAGUAGUGAAUCAGUCAUUUCAUCCUUUAUGACUUGUAGAUCGGAUUAAGCUAUGUAAACUGUUGGAGUUUUGCUCUAAAGAACCACCUGAUUGAGUUUAUUGAUAGUGAUAGCCAGUGCCAUGUGAGCUAUGAAGCAAUGAAUGAGUGCUUUUCUUGAUCAAAACAUGGUAGCUGGUGCUUGAAUAAACAUCUUAAGCCAUUUUU